AUGCCCAUGAUCAAUAAGAUUGGUGGAAUUAUUUCCGAAGUGAAUCAUUCUCUUCAACAGCAACAUAAUAAGGACAGUUCAUCCGAUUUGGUGUAUAGCCUUUGUCAAGGAAUGGUUUAUUUCAAACCUCCGGAACAAGCUCUUCAAACGCUCUUACAACAUCAAUUGAUGAAUAGUUGUAAUACAUUGGGAUCAGAAUUUGGUUUUAUUCAUAAUUAUUGUGAACAUGAUUUUGGACGAAGAGUUGUGAGAGAAAAGGUCAAGGAAAAAUUACGACACAUUAACAAGUUGGAACAAGUGGAUGUGGUCUUGACGAGUGGUGCGAAUCAGGGUUUUGUGAGCGUCUUACUCUCAUUGUGUGAUGUUGGAGAUUCAUGUUUAUUGUUUGGACCUUAUUAUUUUAAUCAUUAUAUGGCCUUGCAAAUGUUUGGAGUGAAGCCAGUGAUAUUUGAUUGUCACGAAUGUGAUGGCUAUCAACCAGGUUGUGGACAUUGUGAUGACAUGAGCCGUUUUACAGAAUUUUUCGAAAAUUUAAUGAAACAGCAAGAAAAUCAACGCAACAAAUUGAAAAUGGUUGUUGUGACCACACCAUGUAAUCCAACUGGUGCCGUCUACACACAAUAUCAAAUCGAUACAAUCAGUCAGUUAUGUGCAAAAUAUGGUGUGUGGAUGGUUUGUGAUGAAACUUAUGAAUAUUUCAUUUACAAUGAUACCAGUGUGGAACAACAGCAGCAACCAAAUGCCACAUCUACAAAAACUUGUUAUCAUUACACACCUCAAGGAGAUCACAUUAUUCAUCUUUAUAGCUUUAGCAAAGCAUUCAGUAUACCAGGUUGGAGAUUAGGUUAUAUUGCAUAUCCAAGCUCAAAUACUGAACUAGCUCUACAUUUAAACAAGAUUCAGGACACUGUUGUCAUUUCAUCACCUGUGGUUUCACAACAACUUGCAUUCUGUAUACUCGACAUGGAAGACUUUGGAAAGCCAUGGGCUGAAGAGAAAAUCUCAACUCUCAAACACAAUAGAAAAGCCAUUUGGGAAGCUAUUCAUGAUUUGUGUCAACUUGAAAAGAUGCCAGAAGGUGCCAUUUACUAUUGGGCAACCUUUCCAAACUUCCUCAAUCAAGAACAUGUCACAAUGGAAAAAGAAUUUCAAGUCAUUGAGUGGCUCAUUCGAAAGCACAAAGUCGCCGUUCUUCCUGGAAGCUGUUUCGGAAAGCCAGGAGGUUUCCGAAUUAGCUAUGCCAACGUGAGUCAUCAAGUUUGUGAAAUUGCAGCAUCUCGAUUGAAAAGCGCACUUCAAGAACUUGCCAAUGGUCAAUUUGAAAAAGAUGAUCUCGAUCAAUAUGUUAAAACUUUUAAAAACAUGAAAUUUUAA